AUGCUCCUUCUACAACUAUUCAACAUUGCAAUGCUGGCAAAUCUGGUGAUACAGAACAAUCAAAUAUUCGACCUAUUCAAAAACCAAUUCCUAAACUCAUCAAAACUUAGAAGACUUUAUAAAUCAUAUUUCCUGCUUUCAAUAAUAACAUUCUCAGGCUUCACAUUCUUAAAUAUCCAAUCAAAAGACUAUUUCAAACUUUUAUUCACAAUCCCUUUAUUGAUAACUUCCACAAUUUACAUCAUACGUUGUUUUAUAACAAGGAUUGACCCCUUUGAUCAAUAUGAAAACCAACUUUUAAUAACAUCAGCUAUUCAAUCCCCUUCACAAAUCAAUUCCACAGGCCCAGUUGCCAUAAUACGGACUUCUCAAGGUGAUUUCAAAUCUGAAGAUGUUUCUCCAAUUUUAAGUACAAAUAACACAACAACUCAUAUUGGUUCAUUAACUAAAAAGGAUAAUAAUCUAAGUGCACCUAUCCUAGCAACUCUAUUAGGUGCAGAAACCGUCAUGGCAAGACCACUCAUGGAACCAUCAACAUCAAGCACUACCAUCCCAAUAUUGGCAAUCUUGAUUUCAAUCUCAUUUAUAUUUUCACAAUGGUGUUAUAUAACUGCUAUUUUCAAAUCAAAUGUCUACACACCACUACGUCAAUACUUGGUCACUGCUCUGAUCAAUCUCAUCAUAUCCACAACAUUAAUCAUCUUUACAGAGUUUCAACUAAAUGAUAUUGCAAUGAUUCAAUUUGGUCAAUUUAACAUGGGUUUGAAAAUUUGUAAUUAUUUGAUUAGUAUUUCCCUAUUAUUGCAGAGUGUUUCCACCAUUAUGAUGCUCAUGAUGAGUAGGAAACAUGAAAAGGAGGCUCUCCAAGUCGUUGAGGUUUAUAAUAGUAUUCCAUCUCCAAGAUCUAUAAGUUAUUAA